UUUAAUCGUCCAGUUUGUUUGGAGGCAAGUAAACUAACUGUACACGUUGGUGUCGUUUGUAAAGGGUCCUGUCUCAUGGUACGGAGAAGAAGGACAAGCAUCCGUUGAAUCCGGAGGAGUGCAGUUAACCUUCAGCUCAGUGACCUCAAGCCAAUUCCCAGCUUUCAUUUUCAGCUAACCGUUGUUUCCAGCACAUAACAGCAUCAACAUUUACGGACCAGUCACUAUUUGUCGCCAGGGGGGAAGGAGGGGGUCGGUUAAAGGAUUAUGGUGGGUGUUUUCACUGUCCACUCAGAAAUUUGGCAAUGUGCCAUGUGAACAGGAUGGUACCCUAGUGGUUUUAAGAUAUUGGAUACCUGUGAUGAACAAUAUCAUUCUCCUAUGAGAAAAUUGCUCCUUGAUAUUCAGAACCAAAUGAAUCGCGAACCGUAAAUAGUUUGCACAAACGUGAAGCUGUUCAAUAACAAUCAAUUUUUGUGAGAUGGAGCAAUUUUCCAAAGUAAUUCAUGAUUACUUUGAUUUUGCCUCGCGACACUUUUAAACUUCGUCCAGAAAGUUGGCGCUACUCUCGGCCAAUAGAACUCAAAACUGAAAGCGACUUGGCCUCUUGUGGCACUGUGCCACUAUCCCACGCAGCAAACAGUGAGCUGUUCGUAAAGAUUUUCCCCACGCAUUGCAAAAGUAUGUGAUGAAUAAUAAACACAAUAGCCUCCAUUUAGAGCGAAAUUAUACUCUUCUAUUUGUUCUAGGGCAUUAACCGUUCCUAGAAGCUCACAGUUUUCCUUGAGUUUCACUCUCAGCCAGUUUUCGGAAAACUAUUCGCUUGUCAGAACAGACAAUCCCUCGAUAAUGUCCGCUGACAAGUAUUCCUGCAUAUUUUCGCGCCAAAUGGAGGCUAUUGUUUAUUUAUCGGUGGUGCAAUGUUGCGUGACAUGAAGUAUCUACAUCCAAUCACACUGCAUAAGCGGCUAAUGUGAACAUUGUUUACAUCGUUACAUCAAAGAAAAUCCUACUAGAAAGGCUAAACCUGAUCCGAAAGUGACGAUGGCUGUUUCUGAAGAAAACUGGCAGACAAAACUAUCAACUGUCGCACAGAGAACUACGUUUAUUUUCAACAACGAGUUAUUAAGCGAUGUGAAGUUUGUUGUUCCCGUGUCGCCAGAGCAAGACGGAAUUAAAACGGUGAUCCCGGCUCACAAGUUUGUUCUCGCAAUCAGUAGUCCUGUGUUCUUUGCCAUGUUCUAUGGUCAAAUGGCGGAGACUAAAGACUCUAUUGAACUGCCUGACUGUGAGUGCGAGAGUCUGUUGGAGUUGUUUCGUUUCUUGUACGGUGACCUAGUGAAUUUAAGUGGAAAUAAUGUGAUGCAAGUGUUGUACUUAGCGAAUAAAUACAUGGUGCCUUCACUCGCCAAGAAAUGUGCAGAAUAUCUUCGAGACAAUUUGACAGCGUCCAAUGUGUUAUGUAUUCUGCCCCAAGCUCAAAAAUUUGAAGAUAAAGAUUUGGAAGAUCGAUGCUGGAAAGUGAUUGAGAUACAGACCGAAGAAGCUGUGACGUCAGAUGAAUUUGUGACGGUUCAGCGAUCUUUACUUGAAUCUGUCGUGAAAAGAGAACUGCUCAAUGUGAAAGAAGUGAAAUUAUUCAAGGCUGUUGAUCGCUGGGCCACCAACGAAUGCCAGCGAAAGGGGUUCCUCCCUGAUGGACAGGCAAAGAGACUAAUUCUAGGAGAGGAAAUCAUAAAAGCAAUACGGUUUCCACUAAUGUCGCAAGAGGAGUUCGUUACAGUUGCGUUAAAUUCUCACAUCCUUAACACGCAAGAGGUUGAAGAACUGAUGAAACAAUUCUGCGAGGAUACAUCAACAUCAUCUGCUUCAUUCUUACAUGUUUCAAGAGCUCGAUGCCUUAAGUAUGUCCAUCGGUGUAACAGAUUUACAACGAUUGUACCUCAAUCUUAUGACACCGGAUGGGGGUACACUCGCGGUAUGUCUGAUAGUGUUUCGUUCUUUGUCAGUAAGCGCAUAAAUUUACAAGGAGUUCAGCAUUUUGGGACAGAAGGAGGAAAAUACACGGUGUUUACUAAAGUCAAGGAUACCUCGGAUGGCUCAUCUCUCGCAAAUCAGACUGGAUUCUACUCAGCAGGGAUGGACAAAACCAAUCAAUUUUAUGGCUUUGACGUAUUGUUUGACAAACCAGUUUGUUUAGAGCCGAAUAAGAUAUACAAGUUAAAAUCGUUUGUCACUGGCCCAAAUUCGUGUUACGGGGACAAAGGGAAAGUCGUUAUUGAUUGCGAAGGAGUAAGAUUCAACUUCCGUGACGGGGGUAACAAUAACGGUACGUCUGUGAGACGGGGUCAGUUUCCUUCAUUGAUUUUUAGUAAAAUAUUUUAAUCUUGCUUAAAAAGUAAUCUCGCGAAAUCUAGGAAUAUUUAGCCAUGACAAGCAAGAGAAAAGUCAGUUUUACGUUAUGAUUGUGAAUCCUUUCGAGCUAAGAGAUAAAAAAUUGCUGAUAAGUUUUACCUAACCAUAAUUGCCUCAGACAAAUAACAAAAUAAAUGGAAUAAUCCAUUGACACAACAAAGUCGUAAAGUUUACCCCAAUUUUUUUCUUUAAGAAAGAUUCAAUAAAUUCAAUGUAGGUAAAGUACUCAUGGUCCUCACGCGCACGAGGAGGUAAACAUUUAAGGGAUUCUGGCAAUUGUGGUCAAAUUUAAUUUUAAUUUAGUCCAUUUUCACUGCAUUAAGUUUUGCAGUGGGGAAGGACUAGAAAGGAACAUAG